AUGUCUGACAGUGAUCUCGGUGAGGACGAAGGUCUCCUGUCUCUGGCGGGCAAGAGGAAGCGGAGAGGGAACCUGCCUAAGGAGUCUGUGAAAAUCCUCCGGGACUGGCUGUAUUUGCACCGCUACAAUGCCUAUCCUUCAGAACAGGAGAAACUGAGCCUCUCUGGGCAGACCAACCUUUCAGUGCUGCAGAUAUGUAACUGGUUCAUCAAUGCCCGGCGGCGUCUUCUGCCAGACAUGCUUCGGAAGGAUGGCAAAGACCCUAACCAGUUUACCAUCUCCCGCCGUGGGGGUAAGGCCUCAGAUGUGGUCCUCCCCCGGGGCAACAGCCCUUCCGUGAUGGCGGUCUCCGUACCAGCCCCCACCAAUGUGCUCUCCUUGUCUGUGUGCUCCAUGCCACUCCACCCAGGCCAGGGGGAGAAGCCCACAGCCUCUUUCCCACAGGGGGAGCUAGAGCCCCCCAAGUCCUUGGCUCCUGGUAACACACUCACCCUGCUGACCAGGGCAGAGGCUGGAAGCCCUACAGGUGGACUCUUCAACACGCCGCCACCCACACCCCCAGAGCAGGACAAGGAGGACUUCAGCAGCUUCCAGCUGUUGGUAGAGGUGGCAUUACAAAGGGCUGCUGAGAUGGAGCUUCAGAAGCAGCAGGACCUGUCACCACCUUUGCUGCACACUCCCAUACCCCUAGUCUCCGAAAACCCCAAGUAG